GUACCAUCCGAUCUCGGGUCAAAGUUCAUAAGAAGUCUGCAGUGCGUGUUUCGCUCCUGCCGGGUUUUUAAUUUCUUUAUUUUGGAAUAGGUGGUCUUUCAUUUUAAUUCCUUCAGAAAGAUGGCCUCGGAUUCAGGCUACGGUCAGCCUGGCGCUCAACAAAGCUACGGAUCUUACGGUGGAUCCCAGGGCUAUCAAGGAGGACAGCAGGGGUAUGGUCAGGGUAACGGUAGCGGCUCUUACGGUGGGCAAACUUACGGAGGAUAUGGACAAUCUGGUGGAGAGAGCUAUGGCCAGUCGACUCAGGGUUACUCCUCUGGUGGUUACGGGCAGCAGCAGCAACCUCCACAACAACAACCACAACCACAGCAGCAGCAGCCGCCGCCGCAGCAAAGCUAUGACAGCUACGGUCAGCAGGGAUCAGAGUCCUCGUCCAGUUAUGGUGAUAAGUCGUAUGGACAGCCGAGAUCUUACGGGCAGCAGUCGGGAGGAGGUGCUGGCGGAGCGGCGUACGGUCAGUCCGGUGGCUCGUACGGAGGCUCUCAAGGUGGAUAUGUGCGACGCAAUGAUGGUGAUAGCCGGAGGUUUGGCGAUGACGGAGGCUCGGACAGGUCGGAGGGUUACAGGGGCAGAGGUCGUGGGGGCUUCGAUCGUGGCGGUUAUGACCGUGGAGGCUAUGACAGAGGGGGCCGUGGCCCACCCUCCGGUAUGGGUGGUGGUGACCGUGGUGGCUACAAAAAUUACGGUGGACCCAGAGAGUACGGGCAAAAGGAUGAUGGAGAUGGCGAUCAGGAUAACUCGGACAACAACACCAUCUUUGUCCAAGGUCUCAGUGAAGACGUCACCACUGAUGAAGUGGGUGACUUCUUCAAACAGAUCGGUAUCAUUAAGGUCAAUAAGAAGACCGGCAAACCUAUGAUCAAUCUGUACACUGAUAAAGCCACCGGACGACUGAAGGGUGAAGCCACCGUGUCCUUUGACGAUCCUCCCUCAGCCAAAGCUGCCAUUGACUGGUUUGACGGGAAAGAGUUCAACGGAAAGCCCAUCAAGGUGUCGUUUGCCACCAGAAGAGCUGAGUUCACCCAGCGAGGAGGCGGCGGUGGAGGUGGACGAGGACGCGGCGGUUUUCGAGGCAGAGGGGGAGGCUUUGGUGGAGGUCCCUCAUUUGAUGUCAAGGGUGGAGACUGGCCUUGUCCCAACAGCUCUUGUGGCAACAUGAACUUUGCUAGAAGAUACGAAUGCAACAGGUGUGGAACGCCAAAGCCAGAAGGAGAAAGCUUUGGAGAUGAUCGUGGCGGGCGAGGCGGCUACGGAGGAGACCGCGGGGACCGUGGAGGCUUCAGAGGAGGCCGAGGAGGAGGAGGCGGCUUCAGGGGAGGAGACCGCGGAGGAUACGGAGGGGGAGGAUACAAGAUGGGUGGAAGGGGUGACCACAGAGAGGAGAGACGAGGCCGGCCGUACUGAAGCCAUUCCAGACCUGUUUAUUGUGGGGGUGGGGUGAGAGGGUACGGGGAGAGGUUUGUGUCUGCAAUCCUUUCUGUUGCAUGAGCAUAUACUGUCUGAAACGAGCAGUUUUUCCCAUAAAUGUUGAAUCUACUGUGAGGAGCCGAGUAACGGGAUGAUUUUGAUCUCUGCAGCUCUGUGCAGCUUCAGUCCUGUAGGAAAGUGGCAGCACUGGCCACAGAUCAGCUUUAAAGGGUCAUUUUGCUCUGGGUGAAGGGGAGGGGCCAGAUGUUAUUUUUGUUACUUUUUAAUUUCCUGACUUGUUGAAUCCGGCAUUUAGUGUGAUAGAUUUGUGAGAUGCUUAUUGUUUUGUAAAAAUCAAUCAACACAAACUGUUUUACUUGUUUCGGUUUUUGAUUUUCUUUUGCAAAAAAUAUUAAACACCCUUUGAUCUUA